AUGAACGGUGCAAUUGAGUUCACAAGCCGUGUUCGUUUGCAGGAUUAUCUUGCCGUAGUGAAUGGAGGCGUUCCUGAAACAACAGAACUUCUGAAGGAACGAUUCGAUCACAUUAUGUACACUGGCUGUCCCCCAGUAGGGAAAAUCGUCAUGGCGGCAGCCGCUAAGCAUCUAACCCCCGUCACAUUGGAACUUGGAGGGAAAUGUCCUGUUGUGGUCGAAGACGACGCUGAUAUCGAGAAGACAGCUAGACGAUUAGUUUGGGGAAAAUGGCUGAACUGCGGUCAGACAUGCCUCGCACCGGAUUACCUUAUGGUUUCGGCGACGACUAAACCCAAGCUUAUUGACGCUGUGCGAAGAACGAUUGUGGAAUUCUACGGUAGUGAUGUGAAAGCCAGCAACGAUUAUCCAAGAAUCAUCAGUCAAAGGCACUACGACCAUAUUUUUAUCUUGCCAUUUUUAGUCGACUCAGUUCACUUUCUGGACUCAACCAAGGGAACGGUUCUCUAUGCCGGCGGUGAAAGGGAUCGAAACGACCUGUUCAUACCGCCAACGAUCUUGGACGUCAAGGCAGACGAUCCCUUCAUGCAUGAUGAGAUUUUUGGCCCGGUGCUCCCCGUGCUCACAGUCAGCGACCUAAACGAAGCCAUUGAUCAUAUUAAUGACGGUGAAAAACCCCUUGCGGCAUACAUUUUCACUCGAAGUGACGCAAAGGCAAAGCGAUUCUACACUGAGACGAGCAGCGGCGGAGUAACCAUCAACGACGUCAUCAUGCACGUAACUGUUGAUACUCUACCAUUUGGCGGCGUUGGAAAUUCCGGAAUGGGGCGAUAUCGUGGCAAAUACGGGUUCGACACAUUUACACACGAAAAAGCAGUACUGAAACGAGGUUUCUUCGGCGAAUCCCUCUUGAGUUCUCGAUAUCCACCCGUGUCGGAGGCGAAAUUGAAACAGAUGAAACGUCUCGUUGGCACGCGCCGAGCAAUUCCGUCAAUGUUCAACUGGAUAUCGGGCAUACCGGUAAUUGUCGUCUCUGUCGUUCUUGGAAUGUUACUGCAGGUGAGAUUCCGCCUGCUCAAGGGUAGUUGA